UUUCACACGCGGACAGCCAGAAAACAGACAUUUCACCUUUUUGAAAGCCCUCUAAACUAACCCCUUAGUUUGCUCUUUAAGAAAGUGAACAUUUCCCUUCUCCCAAGAGUGAUCUUGCUCUCUAAGAGGUGCACCAUGGCUCCCCUUUGAGAUUGUACAACACCACCACCACCAAGCCAAAAACUAGUGAGAGAGAAUAAGAUAGCAAAUUCAUGGAGGUUCAAUCUCCUUCAGUGAAACGCCACUAUGACAUCACCAUGUCAAGAAGAACAAGGAAACAGUUUCCACUGCAAGGCAAUGAUCACAAACCCAUAUCAGCAAUGGAUCAUGAUGCAAAAACAAAGGAUGCCACAGUGGAAAAAACUGCUCAAACCAUUGCUGAGGUGAAAGGUGGUGGUGAGAGUGAUCACAAAAGCUUGAAGCAACUCAUCAUAGGAGAUGAUGACCAAGAGGCAAAGAAGGGUGGUAAUAGUGAUGAGAGAAGCAAAGGAUCAAGAAACUCACUUGGUGAACAUUUCAGUGAGGAUCAUCUUCAGCUGGUUCGGAUGCAACAGAAGGAAAACCUUCAAGGUUUGAAAUUCAAGAAGUUGGUGCGUCGUUAUGCAAAGGUUUUGGGGCAUCUGAUGAAGGCUAAGCGUGACCCUCAUUUAGGUGAUUCUGCCAAAAAACCUGUUUUCAAGUUAUCUGCAUAGGAAAAUUUUUGGUUUUAAUUACUAGAUGGUGGUGAUUUAAUUUGGUUCAUCUACUUUCUAUGUAUUAUUAUGUGCUUAUAUUUUGGCCAACAAAAUAUCUUAAAUUUCUCCAUCUCAUGUUAUUCUUAUCUUUUGUGUAUCCUUAUUAAUUCAUGCAUAUGGUUUAUAUUAUAUAAAUAUGUAUUAAUUGUAUCAUUCAAAUAUGAUCUUAAUAUGAUAGUUUCUAAUUAGUACCAAUGUACCAUAGUAUCUUCUUGUAA